AACACAGUCUGAAGUGUCAGACAGUCUUGUUAACACGUGAGAAAUUCAGUGUGUGGAAGAAGGUGAAAGAGGGGGAGACCGGGAGAGAGGGGGCUGCAAAUUUACGCGGAAGAGAAGUUUUUGAGAGAGAGCUGGACACUGAGGGAACUGCGGAGAUCUUAUUGAGGGAAUGCCGAAAAGGGGAGAAGACAUACGGCCAGAGCACCAGACAUGAGUCCGAGAUAUCUGUUGUUGCAGGUGGUGGACUGAAAACAAUGCUGGAUGCCAUGGAAGUUCCAAGUCAUGCUAGGGAUCUCCUCCUGCAACUCAACAGCCAACGCACCAAGGGCUUCCUGUGUGAUGUUAUCAUCGUGGUGCAGAACGCCCUCUUCAGAGCUCACAAGAACAUUCUGGCUGCCAGCAGCCUCUACUUGAAGUCUUUGGUGGUCCAUGACAAUCUCAUCAACCUCGAUCACGAGAUGGUGAGUCCAGGGGUCUUCAGGGUAAUUCUGGACUACAUCUACACAGGCCGCCUUAGUGAUGGAGACCCCACUUCUCCAAAUGAACCAAAUCUAGGGGCUGUCUUGGCAGCAGCCAGCUACCUUCAACUGCUUGACUUAGUGGCUUUGUGCAAAAAGAAGCUAAGAAGAAAUGGCAAGUACCCUCCCCGCCCAAGUCCAGCAUUUCUACCCUACUCAAAGAUGGGGCCAAAUAGCAUGGGUUUAGGGAGUGGUGGCAGGUAUAGGGUUUCUACUCCUGUCAUUCAAUCCUGUCCUCCAGGCGGAAUUUUGAACAGCCACGGACCCCGGGCACUACCACCAGAGGAGCUUGUUCCACAUCGACUAGCUGUUCAUACAGGAGAGUUGUAUGCUCCCACCUCCACCCAGGGCUCUCAGGUGUUCCCCUCUCUGCAGUCACCUCUGCCUUCUCAGCUUGGGCGUGCAGCCCUAUCCGACAGGAACUGCUCACCCAGCUUCGGCCUUGAUCUCUCUAAGAAAAGCCCCACCUCUCAGUCUCAGCUCACACCUUCUCAGACCCAUCUGGGGAACACUCAUAAUGACGAGGAGCGAGAUGGGACUCUGAGUGACCGCACAAGUCCUAUCCAUGGGACGAAUGGCAGAGCUUUCCCCUCAGAAAAAAUGGAAUCAACUGACCAGGGAGGCUCCCUCACUCCGCCACCUUUUCCACCUCUCAACCAACCGAUAGCCCCGCACCUUCCCCACCUGCAUCGCUCAGGUUCCCAGGGGACAGACCGCUACCCAUGCCCCCCAAGUCCGGACACCCCCACGGAAGGCGGAGAGGCAGGCAGAGAAAUGGGCAACAUCUACCGCUGGGUAAAACACGAACCGCUGUCAUACACAGCUGAAGAUGAAGAUGAGGAUGAAGAUGAAGAGGAAGGGGGUGAAAAUGGAGAUCAGCAUCAUAACCAUCACAAGACUGGGGAGGAGAGUGAAGGAGCAGAUGACAAGAGCGGGUCAGGCACAGAAGAGACAGGCAGCAGUGAGGGUCGCCCAUCCCCGACUGGACCAAUGGGGAGGUUCCACAUGCCGUACGAGCCGGAGAGCUUCGGGGACAAUCUGUAUGUGUGCAUUCCCUGUGACAAAGGCUUCCCAAGCUCAGAGCAGCUCAAUGCACAUGUGGAGACACACACGGAAGAGGAGCUGUACGGCAACUCAGGCGGGGACAUAGGAAACGGCAAUAACAGCAGCAGCAAAAACAUGAGCAGUAACACAAACGGUUAUGGAAGCCUCAACAGCAGCAAUACUCUGAACAGUUUGUCACACCUGGAGACCAAGUCGAGCCAGCUGAAUCCAGCGAGCAUCGGGGAGAUGAUUCGACCCUACCGCUGUUCCACCUGUGACAAGUCUUACAAAGAUCCAGCCACUUUGCGCCAACAUGAGAAGACCCACUGGCUGACACGGCCUUACCCCUGCAGUAUUUGUGGCAAGAAAUUUACACAGCGCGGUACCAUGACCCGCCACAUGCGUAGCCACCUCGGCCUCAAACCUUUUGCCUGUGACUCCUGUGGCAUGCGCUUCACCCGGCAGUACCGCCUCACUGAACACAUGCGCAUUCACUCUGGUGAGAAGCCCUAUGAAUGUCAGGUGUGUGGGGGAAAGUUCGCUCAGCAGCGCAAUCUCAUCAGCCACAUGAAGAUGCACAGCAGUGGAGGGACUGCAGGGAGCCUGACCACAGAUGGGAAACUGAAGCUGGACUUUGCAGAGGGCAUUUAUCCUCUGAGUAAAUACACAGCAGAGCAUCUUGGACUCAAACAAGAGAAGGCUAGUGAGCUUCUCAUCCAAGCGCAGCAGCAACUGGUGGCUGAUGCAAAGGUCAUGGAGAGCCUGUAUCCACUCUCCAAACUGGCCUCUGAACACCUGGGCCUCACCCACGACAAGAUGGACAUCCUGGGCCAAUCACUGCCCCCACAGGCCCUCUCUGACGCCCGAACCAUCGACCGCUACUCACCAAGUUAAGACAUGUGAUAUCACCGAUAAGUCUGUGUGCACACACAAUUUGCAGUAUCCUUAUUCCAUUCACCUCAACUCAAUAUCUCUGCACCUCAGACUCAGGCCAUAAACAAUUGGUCUGCUAAUGCACACCAAAAUGUGUAGACUGUAAGUGCCUUUCUAUGCAUCUAAUGUAUCCUAAAGACCUCCUUCAUAAAGGAGUUUUGUGCUAUUACGUGACCAAGGGACACUCACUUUUAAAAAAAAAAAGUACAGUAUUUAUGUACAGUGUAUGCAAAGAAACUUUUUUUUCUAUGAUUACAGCCAUUGAGCCAAAGUGAAAAAUUGAAAACCAAAAUGAAAAUUGUUUUAUUUAUUUUUUAUUAUGGUGGAAUCCAAAGAAAACAAAAACUAUCCCUGACCCUAAACCUGUGUACUAUUCAACUUUGUAAAAAAAAAAAAAAAGAAAGAAAGAAAGAAAAAGCACAUAAGGACAAAUUUCAGGGUUUGUCCAGAACUUUUAUAAUAUGAAUAAGGCCACUCACCUGGACUUUAAAGGAAUGGGAGUACAUUUCGUCUGUUUUUUUUCUAUUAUUUCAUUUUUUAAUUUCCUGUUUUUGGGGUACUGGACAAUUUAUGUAUCUCGCUCUCCAGCUUCUCACCAUCUUGGGAAAUGACUGAAUGAUAAGAGCAUUUUGAUAGUCACCAGGGCAAUAUAUUCCCCAAUCACCAUUUAUUUUAAAGUAACACCACUCUGCAUAUUUGUGUGGAUAAAGGGCUUGUACUAUAUGACAGCAGUUGAAUCCACCUUAUGCCCAGCUUUCAACCACUUAUGAGCCGAAACUUCCUGUGCAGUUCGACAACCACCCCUUUGCGCUCAGUUGUUAUUGAGAUGCAGCAAGCACAGCCCUGUGAUCUCAUAACUGGGACAUGAUUGCACAUACCCAACUGAUGACACACUAAUCCCCGUUCACGGCCAGUGGAGCUUCAUCUUAUGGUGUACAUGAAGCAUGGGUGUUGCCGCUGACAUUGUGCAAUUAUUACAAUUAUGGAUACAGUUGAGCAUAGAGGCAGGGGUAAGGAUGGGCUUAAUGACACAGAAAUCUGUCAUUUACUGUCAUCAGCAGUUAAACCAUUCAUUGCGGUCUGAUGAUUAAUCGUGGAGCAGCAGUAGUCAGAGGCUUUGUUGGAUGCUUCUCUGUUCCACCGUCCGGCCUCUCAUUUGACCUCCCUCCCCUGUAGUCUGUUGUCUGGGAGCCCCGCUACUGUUGACAGGCCAAAGUGAGUGCUCUACUCAGCCCUUUGCCUUAGAAGCACUCCAAACACCGGAUGCAUAUACGCUCCCCCUUCACACACAGCAAGCUGCUAAUCUGUCAGUGAUAUGAACAUAAGAAGGGGUUUGUGGGUCUUCCUUGGAAGCCAGCGGGUGAGUAGCACUCCCAGCUGCUGUGCUUCAGUAAUCCCUGUGAAAUCUCACUUUCUCCUGGACAAUUCACACUGCUCGCUGGCGUGAUGUCCCAUUUCAUGCCUGCCAUUGUACCCCUCUGAUCCACUUAUUAACAUUAGAUCCCAGCCUAGCAAAUGUGUCCUGGCCUUGCCUCUCGGCCCUGCUGGUAUUAAAUGCGGAAACAAUGAAUGACUGAUUUGUGUGUUGGCUGAGCAGCCUGAAAACAAAAGAGCACUUAAAGAUUGUGGGUUGAAGGCACAUUUUUGUUUGUAAAUCUUUAUUCCAAAAAAAAAAAAGAAGUUGCAUUUUUUUUCUUCUUUUUUUGGGUCUUUGUCCACUUUUACUAGUCCUCAAUUCAGAUUAGAAAUGUUUGACCACUAUAGUGCCGAUGCCAACCUCAGAGGGUGAAUGUGAAGAUUAAAGCCAUAAAUACACUGUGAUAGACGUAGUGAAUCAUAAAGGCUAAAAAAAAAAAUCAUACAGUGUGCCUUACUUACUUUUCCUUUUUCUUUUUAAAUGUAACGAUAAUUUAAGGGCUUAUUUUCUGUAGCAUAUGAUCAUAUCAAACAUGUUGUUUCUUGUCACUUUUCUUCAUUUUAAUUUGAACUGAAAGCAGCGCACGUGAAAUUGGUGCUUACCUCAGGACUGAACCCAGCGUGGGGAUGCUAAUCUUUUGUAAACUAUAGAUCAACAGUAUCAACACACAUACAUGCACACACUCACCCACACUCACCUUAGUAUUUUUUUUUUAUUAACAGGACCGUUGUCCUGUGUUAAACCUGUGGUUAAUUCUUUGUUUAUCCAUUUGUUGUUACAGUUUUGUUGUGGAGAGAUAAGGUGGUAUUAACAUUUUUGUUAUAGUACGUGGUAUACAUUUUUUCUAUUUUGUCUUCUUCAAUGACAUUUAUGUCUGACCAGUUCCAUUGUUGUAACAUAAGGCAAAGCCAUUUAUGCUUGUACCUUAAGUGCUUGUCGAUAUCUGAACCACAGUUUAGUAAGUAUGAAGGCAGCGAGAUCAAUAUAUUACAGUAAAGUUGAGCUGACAAGCUUUGUGUUGUGAAAUAUCUCCCUCUCUCUCUGUGUCUCUCUCCCUCUCUUGCUCUCUCUGUGAAAGACAUGAUGCAUCAUCUGUACUUCCUUAAACAGACACGCAGUGGCUUUGCUGGUUGACUAUGAAAGCUAGCCUCGUAUUGUUUGGCCCCCUUUUCCUCAGAGGUUAGUGAACUUUUGACAAGAGUCAGACGGAGGUCGCUCAUGCACACAAGCACACAGGAAGCCAGCUUGUUUUGUUUGGUGCUCUGCAAAAAAAGAAAAAAAGGAAAAGAACAUAGCAGAAAAAAUAAAAAUAAAACCAGUAGAGGCUUCAUCUACAAACGUGUGUGUAUGUGUUCAAAACCUAAAAAACAGGCAGAGGCAGUCGUGAGAAUUUCCACACUCCCCUUCACUAGUUAAAAUAACAUACCGCUUCCACUGUCACACCAAAUCUGUAUAAGAGGGAAGACCAAGAUAAUGCCCGAGCAUUUCUGUAGGAAGCGCACUGUUUGAAAUCUGCUUAAUUUCAUUUAUGUGCGAAUGUUACUGGAGGGGAGCGUUUCACGUCUUUAGAAAGGGGAAGCAGUUGCUUGUCUGUUUGUGUGUCCCUGUGCUAUUUAAGCGCAUGAAGGCCUGGUAAUGCAUGUCCUGGGAAUAGGGUUGGUGUGAAGGAGAAGAGCUGAGGAGCAGGAAGUGAACUUUUGGCUGGUGUGUUGUGCUGAGCAGGAUGUGCCGUGUGUUUCUACUCAGAAGCAGAUAGAAAGACGGAGAACGGGGAGGGAGAGGAGCAGGGAGAGCACAGCAGGGUGGAUGCGAGCCAUUGUCCUAAUAUGAAAGCCUGUCCACACUUCUGAAACUCUCCAUUCAGAAAACAAGUAGUCUGUAUCUUCUCUUUUCCUUCCCCUUGUUGCUUUUUGGGAAUAAAUCCCUGCUCAGUAUCACGGUGAUGUUGCAUUGAAGGCUUUCAAGGGCUGCAUGGUGAGACAUUUAGAUGCUUUGUUAGAAUUUGAGGAUAUUGUGGACUCAAUACUUUUGGCAUCCUCGUGGUUUUUUAAAAUAAAUUUCCCCUCUAUUUGCUAUAUAUCCAUAUUUUGAACAUUUUUUUUUAAAUUUGAGGCAAGACUAAAUAAUAGGAAGACCCCAGUGAGUGUAUUGUAGAGCCUAAUUGAAAAACUUGGCAGUGUUUCCUUUGCUCUGUGGUUGUUUCACUUAGUCUAAUUAGAAGAGCCUUGUUUCAAUUUACUGAUGUAGCCACCCACCCCAUGGGUUUUAUGCCCUUUGCCUUUGUUAAUGUUAUUUAUAUGACAAGUAAGCCCAGCAAAACUCUUAUUGCCACCACAGUGGUUUUGAUGAAGAUGUUUGGAGCGUAACAUAAUUAGGCAUCUAAAGAGUUUAUUAGUUAAAUGAAUUUUUAGAAUCAAAUGAGUGAAUGCAAAUAUAAAUGAAUGCACUAACAAAAGCCACAAAAAAUUAGGUGUGGGUUGUUUUUGUACUUUACUUGUCAUGUCAUUUCCCCUUUUUUAAUUUCUUUCUUUUUUUAUGGCAACCAUCCCAGUCCUGUAACUUUUUGUAACACUAACAUUAUAGAAGUUAAAAGGGCUCUGGAUGAUCUGCAGUAGCAUCUCGUGGACCAAAAAAGGAUUUGGCUUUAACGUUAAAAAAUGCAAAGCAUGCCUUUAAGCUUUCUUCCAGUCGCAGGAGGCCAAGGUCACCUCUGUGCCGCUUGUCGGCAUCACAGUCUGAAAUCAUACCACUGUUUGACAUUUAUUAUAUUUUGCAAGGUGUGCCAAAAAAGACUGAAGCUUUCGAUAGACAUCGCAGAUGCACAAAACUAAACUCAGCAACAAACGUUGAGGUUUGCAUCGGUGAGCUUAGCUUGUAACCAUCUUUACCUUGUUAGGAAAGUCAUUAUCAGUGUGGGUAAUCGUGAGAACGUGAGCACAAGUUACUAUCGUCCUGUGUACAGUACAUAUUUUUCUAUUUAUGAGCACUUAUGUUUAAAUAUAAGCUAGAGUCAGAUAUUGAUAUUCAAGCCUAAGCUUGUCCUUUGAAUGGGAAAACUGACUCUGAAGUCAGUCAGUUCAAACGUGCCUUUGGUAUAAAAAGUAUGAAGUUAUCCUGCAAUAAAUUGUACGACUGUAGCAUGGGGAGGUUUCUGAUGUGGCUACUUAAUGCACCUGCCCAUCUACAUGUCUGAAUGCCUUUCCCACAGUGUAGCAGGGUGAAGUACAAGGGAGAUAUCUGACACUUUCGAGGCUCUUUAUUACAAGCAGCUGCUUUAGAUUUAUUUCUCUGAACUGCACUUUUCUGGAAAAAUCAUUGUAUUGUGAUUUUUUAUUGCUCUUAUGAUCCCCUAGAAGUCCCACAAUUGCCUUUCCUCUGGCACUUUGCUUCCUUUUCUUCCUCCCUCCAGUGCAGAGCUCGGCCACACUCGUUCACCGCCCUCGUACCCUCAAAGCACAGCUUCCCUCUUCACCUCUCUCUGUGCCUUCUCUCUUCUUACACUUAACACAAACCGCUGACCCACAGCACCCGCUGCCUCCCCUCCUCUCCCAUGAUCCACUUACUUCCAGCUGUUUUUCAUGCUGAAGAAGACAGUUGUCUAAAUGUUUAUGUGAAGAGCUACUUUCUUUUUCUUUAAGCCCUGAUCAAUUUCCAAAAUGAACUUUGUGGCAUGUGUUAAAAUACAACAGAUGACGGACCCAAAAAAACCCUGUAUUUGACAUCAUUAUUGUAUUGUGAUCUUCAAGCCAAGGAAUGGCUUACAAAGGAGAGAUUAAAGACAUCUUAUUGUUGUAGAGGAAAUGCAGAAUAAUGUGAGAGGAAAUGUUCAGGGAAAAUAUGCUCAGAAAGAUGCCAGUAAAGUAAACAUGUAUGAAAUUGCACAAUUGAGUCGGGCCUCAGCUGCACCAGCCAAGUCAUGCGCUGAGAUGGAGAGAACAAACAGAGAGAGGGUUGAGAGGAAAAGAAGCAGAAACAGAGAGAAAAAUAGCUUGUGCUUGAUAGUCUUAACCUUCAGUAAAUAACAAAGGAAAGCUGGCAGCGUUGUGUGUGUCUGCUCACCACUCUUUUUCCACCCGCUUCCAAUUUAAUCUUAUGAGGACAUGUUUAUUUUUCUUUUUUCUUUUUUUUAUCACUGCAGGUCAAUUUCAGGUUUUUAAUUUUAACGUUCAUGUCAGUGUGACAUCAGAAAUGACACCCUCUUUCCAGGCCUAGCAAUUAUCACCAAAUCAGCACAUGACCUACAGUAGGCUCUUUGUAGCGAAAUAGUGAAGGGGCUUCUGUCUGUCCAUAUCCUCCUGCAUCUGUUUUGUUUGGAUCUCUUUUUCUCUCUCUACCUUGAACACAUACAAAGUCCACUGAGUGGACCUUGGCUUUAAUUGCUUAGUUUACAGUGCACAACUUCUGCUCCAGAAGUUUAAAUCUGAAGACAAACAGAGAGCUAGGACAAAACAAGCAGGAAUUUGGUGCAGUGAAAGUCAGCCGGGGGAGAAUAUUCGAUUGUAUAUCUCUCUAACACACUCCUGCUCACGCACACAUAAACACACAGCUGGAUGGCAGACUGCUGCUCCAGAUUAGGUCAGAUUUAAUUAGCUUGCUCUGCUCCGUUUGGAGUGUCGCUUCUUGUAGAAAAACCCAUUUUUAAAGAAAGGCGAUUCCACUGACGGCUUUCACCCGUCACACGCUGAAACCUGUGCCAAAAUGUUACAGAGCCUCAGGGUCCUCACACACACUUACGUACACAAAGGCACAAGCAUCUAUUUUGGUUUUGGAAAAUCGGUAAGGAGAAGUGUAGAAAUGAUGGAUUAUGAUCUAAUGAAGACCACUUUGACAUUUUGAGGUGGUUGUGCCCGACUGUGGUUCAGGGACAAAUAUGUUAUGCAGGAACACAGGCUGCCACGUAGACAAUUGUAGCUGUGAAUAAAUGGAAAAAUGCAUGGCAGAAUACAUGCAUCACAAAUUUACAAUGGAAAUUAGAUUUUUUUUUUUUUUUUUUUUUUUUA